AUGCUUGUAGUCCUCCCGGGUUCUUAUGAAUGGCAACGUUCAUCUCCCCACACGCCUAUCACGAAGCAAGCGCGAGUAGAAGUAGAGACCCGACCUCCAACAAGGAAAUUAGAACAAUUCCCCGGCGUUUUCGAUCAAAGUCCCCGCUCGGCUGUCGUACUGUCUAUUGCGGUGGAUUACUUUUGGACAAAGUUAAUACUUUUAUAA